UCAUUUGUUAUGUUCUGCCCUUCUUCACGGAGAUGCGGUGCCGCUUUCUGUAUUCUUGCGGUGUUCUUUGUCAUGGAAGGGUGUGGCGCCCGGCCCAAUCCCAUCAUCAUGUCCCCAACAGGGCUCACGACUUCCCCUUCGGGAAAUGGCUCGACCUCUGAGCCCACUACUACUCAGUCACCAACGCCUACUGGUCCUACCCAAUCACCAACGCCUACUGGUCCUACCCAAUCAUCAACGCCUACUGGUCCUACGACAACCCCGUCUUCAGACAAGUGCCCAGGAAGCGACAGUCCUUCUGAGGUCACCUCAAACGUGAUGUUGUUCUCGGAUUGGCCGAGCAUGUCAGCCGCUGGUCCCCGGGAAUUUUUAACAAACCACCUGCCAGCCUUCAUUGCCGGCAACAAUUGUCUAAACGUUCGAGUCGGCGAUCUAGUGCUGACAGCAAGCGGAGCUGUUGUGAAGAAUUGGGUGGAUGGUGAUGUGACCAAGGUUGGCAGAAGCACCAUUGCUGGAGGUGGUCAGGACUUCCAGUCGCUCCUGCAGCAGCUCGAGAAGAGUGGUACAAGCUUUUGGAUCAACGUGAUACCGACCGAUAAUACGUGGUCGACGGUUUGUACAGGUCAGCCCAAUGUCAUGGCUUGCCUCUUCCGAUUUGCUACCACCUGGAAUGCGUUCAUGAAGGCUACGGUUAUCGCCGGUAUUGCGGUCGACGGCAUCGACGUCCGCAGUGUUGAUCUGCCGAAGCUCAUCGACCAAGGGCAGGCAGCCAAGGGAUCGCUCAAACUCGGCCUCACGGUUGGUCUUGGCGUCCUGAAUGGCGCUAAGAAUUCUCACGGUACCAAAGUCGAUAUGUAUUUAUCUUUCCUCUUGGAUUUUUGGGUUCCCAGCCCUGAAGCUUAUGAUGGUGAUUCGUCCGAGUUUGCAAGCAGGAAGGAUAAGGUCCAGGAUAUGACCAACUUCCUGCUCUCCAGCAUUUCUGGAGAGUCCCCGCUACCUCGGACGGACACACGAAGAUACGCUGAUGAUACCGCACUAAUAUGGUCCCCGAGGCACUCAGGUUCUACUGGCUGUAUGUAUCCAUUGAAUAAUCGAGCUUGUACCGAUCCUGAAAGGGCCAAUGAACUUGGCUCAUGGUCGCCGAAGGAAGCUAUAGAACUGAUGAAAGAGAUCAGGGCGAAGGUUGGCAGUAGUGGCACUCGUCUGGGUUUCUACACCCUCAGUUUGAUGCCAUUCACAUGGUUGACAAAAGACUACCGGAAGUGUUUUGGACGCAAUUGUUGAUUCAUAAUGCUACAUUAUCAUUCGUCUAUUUGAUAC